AUGGGGCUCACCCGGAGGCAGCCUCACCCUGGACCAAUGCUCCUCUUUGGGCUGAUGUGGCUCUCCCCAAGCCUGAGUCUGGACCUGAUGCCCUACAAGCCGCAGAUAACAGCCUGGGACCUGGAAGGGAAGGUCACGGCCACCACGUUCUGUCUGGAGCAGCCUCGGUGCGUCUUCGAUGAGCAGGCCUCAGCCAACGACACCAUCUGGCUGGUGGUGGCUUUCAGUAAUGUCUCCAGGGACUUCCAGAACCCACAGACCCCUGCCGAGAUCCCGACCUCCCCACAGCUGCUGACUGACGGCCACUAUAUGACAUUACCCCUGUCCCUGCAUCAGCUGCCCUGUGAGGAUCAGACGGGUGGCAGUGGAGGUGUCCCCGUGCUUCGGGUGGGCCACGACUCCGGCUGUUACCAGAAACCCUAUUGCAACGCUCCCCUCCCCAAUCAGGGGCCUUACAGCGUGAAGUUCCUUCUGAUGGAUGCCACUGGUCCACCCAAGGCUGAGACGAAGUGGUCCAAUCCCAUUUAUCUCCACCAAGGGAAAUCCCCCAGCUCCAUUGACACGUGGCCAGGUCGGCGGAGCGGCUGUAUGAUCGUCAUCGCGUCCAUCCUCUCUGCCCUGGCCGGCCUCCUGCUCCUGGCUUUCCUGGCAGCCUCCACAAUGCGCUUCUCCAGCCUGUGGUGGCCUGAGGAAGCCCCUGAGCAGCUCCGGAUUGGCUCCUUCAAGGGAAAACGCUACAUGACUCACCACAUCCCCCCCAGCGAGGCUGCCACCCUGCCGGUGGGCUGUGAGCCUAGCCUGGAUCCCCUUCCCAGUCUCAGCCCGUAG